AUGUCCCAGAUUACAAAGCGCGACGCGGACACUGCCUUCGAAGGUAAUCACAGUGGUAAUUCACAUUCACAAAAGCGCCUGAGAAGAAAAAGGACCGAGAAGCGCGAGGGUACAAAUUUCCCAUUGCCAAAAGCCACGCCGAUACCCGCUGAGGUGAAAACGAACACUCCCAAUUUCUCUCCAAAAUCCGUUUUGAACAACAACGACGUUAUCAGGCCAGAACCCAGGACUUCCAGCGAUGGCAAGCUGAAUGAGCAGACACCCGCGGAGAGUCCGGGCAAAGGACGAACUCCACAGCAGAAAAAAGGACAGCCGUCAAGGAAGCUGAAGGGACUUAAUGCUGCAUCGAACAGCAGAGGAAACGGAAAGCUGAACGAUCGUACGACCGGCUCGGUAAAGCAAAAAGGGAAGGUUAUACCGUUGAAAUCAGAACAAAGCCAUAUACCGCCGCCCAAAAAAUCCCAUUCGAACUCGGAACCUUUAGUAAACGAGGUGGCUUCAGAGAGGAGAGCUGUGAAAUUGUCAAAGAGACCCAGGAAGCGCAAUGCGACCUCGCUUAAAACAAGAGGCGACAAGGAUCCUGCGCCUUUCGAAGGUCAAAAGGCAGAUCAAUUGGUUGGAGAAGAGAACCCAAAACAGCUCGUUAAGGCAAAGCAGAGGAUGCAGCUGGCCAAAAACAACAAGCAAAAAUUCAAAGCUGUCGAGCAAUCAAAGACGCAACAUUCAAAGCAAAGCGGCAACCAAUGGAGACUAUCUUCCCGCAAGGGCGGCAUGUUUAUCGACCAAGAUCCUCUUCUCACAGCUGAUGACCAAUUUUUGAUCCUGGCGACGCCUUCUGAAAUCCAAGUCUAUUCGACCAAGACGUCUCUGUUGGUCAGGAGCUUCCGGGUUGAUCUCAGAUCCCAUAUAACUAGCUGCUCUCUGUCGAAGGCUGACCCGAAGAAGUUGUACGUCUCCAGUUCGAAAGGGCUGGUGUCUCUCUGGGAUUGGACAACUGCUGCGGCGAUAGGUAAAUACGACACGGGGACUGGAUUACAGCAAGUCCUUCCGUUGCGUCAGCAAGAAGAGAAUGAGACGAUUCUGCUUCUACAAGACGAUCCUCAAGGUUACAAACGUCUUGUUGCUUGUUCCGUCAACACAUUUCAAGGCACCUUCACAGAGUCCCACACCCUGUUGCAGAGGACCGGUCUAUCACCCUGUUUCAGAUCCUAUGCACAAGGAACCGUGCUGAUGGCUUGCGCAGAAGACCACUUGUUGAUAGGCCAGUCUCGGGUCACGGAAGAAGGUCAGUUGGACUUGACAUACACAUGGAGGGAAAUCACAGUAUUAGGAUUCAUAACCAGCUUUGACGCCCACGUCAGUUCAGGAAAAUCUAAGACCCCGCGAAAAGUGCCCUUCUUGGAUGUUGUGAUCGGUCUCAACGACGGAGUUAUCAUGCAUUAUCAAGACAUCCUCUUCAAGCUCAUCGGAAAAGAGAAAAAGAACAAGACUUGGACGGAGGACAUUGUUGGCCACAAGCUUCAUUGGCACCGAACGGCCGUCAAUACUGUAAAAUGGUCUCGAGAUCGCAAUUAUAUCAUAUCGGGUGGGAACGAGACGGUGCUCGUUAUCUGGCAAUUGGACUCGAACCAGCAUCAGUUUCUGCCUCAUCUUUCAGCACCAAUCCUAAAUCUCACUGUGUCAAAUACUGGAUCUGCCUAUGCUCUUCGCCUGGGCGACAAUUCUGUGAUGAUUCUGUCGACAGCUGACCUUCUGCCCUCAACGAAUGUCUGCGGCUUGGCUCUGGGGGUGCCUCCGCAGAACUCAAGUCUAAUACUUUUGCAUCCAAAGGUUCCAAAUCGACUCCUGGCUGCAGUGCCCUCUGAUGCCGCUGUGACGGGUCCGUUUCACGGGCGUCGUUCGACACUUCUACAAAUCUACGAUGUCGAUUCCAACGUCCAACUCAGUCGUCAAGCGCUCACUCGAAACAUGAUCACCACGUCCAAUGUUGCGCCCACCGGACAACCAGUUAAAGAGCCCACCGUCACGCAUAUCGCCAUUAGCCACGACGGCAAGUGGUUAGCGACAGUCGAUGAAUGGCACUCGCCAGAUCUGGAAAGCUUUUACAGCCGCUCCGAUUGUGCGGAUCUCCGUGGCCGAUGUACCGAAACGAGUCUGAGAUUGUGGUUGUGGAAUGAUGAGGAGGGCAACUUCGAGCAAGUGACCAGGAUUGACGAGCCUCACAAAGCAGGUCCAAACUCCGUGCUGAGCGUGUCGUUUAACCCUGCGAAACUCGAAUUGGCUACUACUGGCAGUGAUGCAAAUAUUCGCAUAUGGUCGCCCAAACAGCGUCAUCGGAAUGGCGUUCCGGUUAGGAACAAGGCUAAUGAGCAGCUUUACACGUGGAGCAGUUCAAGGACGGUUCAAUGCAGCGAUGACGCUGCUCUUGAACGAGGAGACAUCGAAGCGAAAGCAAUGUCGGCCUCCCUGGCCUAUUCCGACGAUGGCUCGAUCCUGGCUGUUGCAUGGUUUUGGCUUGAAAAUUCGUUCAGGCUAUUGUCAGAAUCUCCCACUGCCACUUUCCAAUGGCCUCGAACUCGCUUUGUCCACUUCAUCGACCCGACCACAGGGAGGAUUGUCUUAUCUAACCCCUCCCUUCUCCCUAGUGCGAGCAGCCCAGCCAAACUCCUCUUCCAUUCCCGCUACCUGAUCUGCCUCUCACAAACACUCACGAUCCUGGACACCAUCACGGACCGAUUGGUCGCGUCGCCCAUUGAGCUCAACCCGGAGUAUGUGGUACCCAACAGCUGGAGCCCCUCUUACAUCGCAAGAAACAAAUUCGAUGGGACAGUCGCGAUGUCUAUUUCGCGUUCCGAAAAGCCGCGGGGAACUCAAUUGGUGGUGUUGAGCUUUUCCAACGACGACAGCCCCAGAGAUGCUCUUGCAGGCGGUGGAGUCGACCCAGGUGUGCAGGUGAAAGUUGUCGAUCAGACUUCCAUCACGGGAACGGUCAAGGGACUUCUUGCUCUGACCACAGGAUCAGGGUAUCUAGUCAUUGAUGAGAGGAAUCAGUGCCGAUUUCUUCGACCGAAGGUUGUGACGCGCGCGAGGACGAUUGGGGGAGCUGAGGGGACAGAGCAAGUCACCAGGAGUUUGGACAGUAUUUUCGGCCGACAAGCGUUGUUGGCAUCAGCCACCACUGCCGUGCGUGACGAGCGGGCGUAUCGAGCCGUCGACGACACUGUGAACGGGCAGACGGGCCCCGGUGGAGGACUUGACGCGGUCCUGAGGUUUGUGUCGACAGCACAAGCGCCUCCGCCGGCAGAGUUAUUUCAGAAAGUCAUUGGUGUCAUGGCUCGUGGGUUGGAAUGA